AUGUCGGACGAGGAAGUUGAGCAGGUGGAGGAGCAUUACGAGGAAGAAGAAGAGGCCCAGGAGGAAGAAGUCCAUAAAGAAGAAGUUCAUGAACCAGAGGAAGUCCAAGAAGAGGAGAAACCGAGACCCAGACUCACUGCUCCUAAGAUCCCGGAAGGGGAGAAAGUAGACUUCGAUGACAUCCAGAAGAAGCGCCAGAACAAGGACCUCAUGGAGCUGCAGGCUCUCAUCGACAGCCACUUUGAGGCUCGGAAGAAGGAGGAGGAGGAGCUGAUCGCUCUCAAGGAGAGAAUCGAGAAGCGCCGUGCGGAGCGAGCCGAGCAGCAGAGGAUCCGGGCCGAGAAGGAGCGGGAGCGCCAGAACCGGCUGGCGGAAGAGAAAGCCCGGAGGGAGGAGGAGGAUGCCAAGAGGAGAGCGGAGGACGACCUGAAGAAGAAGAAGGCCCUGUCCUCCAUGGGCGCCAACUACAGCAGCUACCUGGCCAAGGCCGACCAGAAGAGAGGCAAGAAGCAGACGGCCCGGGAGAUGAAGAAGAAGGUUCUGGCAGAGAGGCGCAAGCCGCUCAACAUCGACCAUCUCAGCGAAGAUAAGCUGAGGGACAAGGCCAAGGAACUCUGGGACACCCUGUACCAACUGGAGAUCGACAAGUUCGAGUUUGGCGAGAAACUGAAGCGCCAGAAAUAUGACAUCACCAACCUCAGGAGCCGCAUCGAUCAGGCCCAGAAGCAAGCCCCGGGAGGAGGCCGCCUGGGGAUUUGGGCCGUCCUGGGCCGCCACCCCGACUCCCCAGCCGAGCGUUGCUCCAGAUGCAACCUGCUCGGCUGCGGGCCUCCCUGGCCCCCGUUUCUUCAGACGUCUGAUCGCUGA